AUGCUUUAUGCCGGUGAGAUUAUAAAAUACGGUGCUUUUUCAUUUGCUUAUGCUGUUUUUGACCUCUUCACUGCUACUGUUUCGGACGAUUUUCCGCAAUGCAAGAGGAAUGACCCAGAAUUAGAGAAGUGUAUUCUAGCAGCAGUGGAAGUGGUCAGACCGAGGCUUUUAAACGGUAUUCCUGAACUCAAUGUACCAACCCUCGAGCCGUUCAAUGUACCAACAUUGAAGCUGGAUAGGACUGCCAACAAUCUGAGAUUGAAAGCCAACAUUAGAAAUAUGAAAGCAGUCGGUGGAUCCAAAUUUAAAAUUGAGAAAUUCAGAUUGAACUUGAACAAUAAGUACGUAGCCGAAAUCAAACUGAGCAUCCCGAAGCUGAUUGUAACUGCUGACUACGACGUGAAGGGAUCCCGUAUCCUCACCCUGGACAUCAGUGGCCAGGGAAGAUUCAGAAGCAACAUCACUGGCAUAACGGUGGUAGCAAAGGGAAACGCAAAACCAAUCACGAAAGACGGUGUGGAGUAUCUACAAGCUGAGAAGGCUAUAACCAAAAUAAGAAUUACACACGCACAAAUUGUAAUUGACGAUACGGAGCGACCAGUUGCUGCCAAGAAUCCAGUGUGCCACUAUAGCGAUCCUAACGUCGCCGAAUGUAUCAAGCGCGUAGCAGAGCAAGCCAAGCAACUUUUGGCUCACGGCAUCCCGUCAUUCGGCAUUCAGCCCUUAGAACCCCUGAAGAUACCCAGCAUCAGGUUGAGACAACACAACAUGCCGCAAGCAAGAUUCAAAUAUGACGCCUGGCUCACUGAUCUUACUUUAAACGGAUUAACCAACUAUACUUUCAAUCAAUUAGAUGUUUAUCCAGAAGAUAUAAAAGUCAACGGGAACAUAAGCCUACCGAGGUUGGUCAUGGGCGGAGAGUAUGUUGUGAUUGGGGAAUUCCAGAUGUUGCCAGUUGAAUCAACAGGAAAGAUGUCCGCGAACUUCACUGACUGUUCUGCUGCCCUCGAUGCUGUUGGAGCUAAGGUUCACAAACGAAUAGUUAUCAAGGAUGCUAAUGUCAAGUUGCGCUGCACGGGACCACUUAAAGCCAGCCUGAUGGAAGCUCACUCCACUACUAGCGAGAUGGUGGGCAGUUUUGUUUGUCCUCGAGAAGAUAAAGCAUUGGGCCGAUGUUUGCGCGAUGCUUUAAAUUCGUACAUACCACAAUUAGUUACAGGUGUCCCAGAAUUUGACGUGCCACCAUGUGAGCCAUUGUUUAUACCAACAAUGACAAUAGAACAAUCCGGGGGACCUUUUGCUGUGAUGUCUUCAUACACUGAUAUUACAGUGAGAGGACCUUCCACUAUGAAGGUUAAGAGUGUCAACGUCGAUUCAUCCAAAAACGAAAUAGUCGCAAAAUUACAUAUACCAGAGCUCAAGUUGAAGGGUAAUUAUGAUCUCAAGGGCAAGCUUCUGAUGAUACCCAUAGAGGCAAGCGGAAAAUUCAUUGCAAAGUACGGUAACAUCGAUGCGACGGUCACAAUAAUUCUUGGUAGACGGCCCCGACCUGGUGGUGUGGAUGCCCUCGCAUGUCAGGACCUUGAUGUGAAGUUCCACGCUGGACACGCUUCUGUCAAGUUGGACAACAUGCUCGGUGGUGACGGAGAUUUAGCACGAGCCCUCAAUAAAUUCCUUAAUGAUAAUUGGGAGCAACUAUCACAAGAAUUCCAAGUACCUAUAGAAAAAGCAUUGAGAGAUUUCUUUAAACCUCUAGCGGAUCAUUCGUUUGGUACUUUAAACGCUGACGACAUCUUCUUAACGUAA